GCGGCCAGGAUGCUUUCUUGAAUUUUCCGGAGCAGCUGCUGCGUGUUGUGUUGUUUUGCAGGGUUUUGGGCAGCUGUGCAGCAUCUUGAGUUUUUUGUAGAUUAUUAUUAAAGUACAAGUUUGUUCCUCGUCAUCGCGAUGUUGUUGGAGGAAGUGAAGAAGCUGAAAGUGUCCGAGCUGCGGGCCGAGCUGCGGGAUCGGGGUCUCGACCCAAAAGGGCUGAAGGCUGAACUCGUUGCUCGUCUUCUGUCAGCUAUCGAGACUACAGAACCUGAUCAAAGUCCAGAUUUAAGACAUUUGGACACGGAACCUGUUCAGACUGCAGAGGAAUCCUCUGAACUAAUAUGUCAGACUAAAAGCACAACAGCCCUCUCUAUAUCUGCGACAGAAGAGCAGCAGCAAACUUUGGACCAGAAUCAGUCAAGUCUUGGGGGAAUCUGGAGGAAAACGGGGUCUUGUGUCGAUCAGAGCACACAGACAGAAAAUGACACAGCAGUCCAGAUCUCCCAGACAGGGUGCUCUUGUUCUAACAGGAGAGAAGAAGAUCAUCUUGAACCCCAGUGUGUCCUCAGUAGCAGAGACAGCUCUGAUGGACAUCAGAAGGAAGUCCAGUCUGCAGCACUGUUGCCACACAUGACCCCUGUUACAGCAGAGACCGGAACGGAAAUGCAGGAGUCUCAGGACAUCAGCAUAUCUCACGGCGAGAGGGGCCGGGAUUAUUACGAGUUUAAAGAGGAGAUUCAUUAUAUGAGAGCCAAAACACCAGAGCCUGGUCCUGCAAGCGAGGAUGAGAUGGACAUUGAUGAUGAUACAGUACGGCUAGAUCCCUAUAACAGCGACCUGCAUUUUGAAGUGGGUGCAGACGGGAGCAGCGGUCAGCCUUUACUCUGGGAAAAGUUUCCUCUGCUGCAUUCAGGAUGUCGACUGACCCACGGCUUCACUCACGGAAAAGUGGGGUUCGAAGUGAAGUAUGUGAAGAGCUUGUCAACAACCACAGUUACAAGUGUCAACCUUGAGCAUGUCCUCAGAGUGGGCUGGUCUGUGGAUGGCUCCAGCCUUCAGCUAGGAGAAGAAGAGUUGUCGUAUGGAUUUGAUGGCGCAGGCACAACAGUGACUGGUGGAAAGAUGGAGGAAUUUGGCGAGCCAUUUUCAGAGGGUGAUGUCAUCGGAUGCUAUGCGUUCAUCAGCGAUAGUGGAGAAACGGAAUUAUCGUUUUCUAAAAACGGCCACUUUCUCGGGGUGGCGUUUCGACUCGCUGACUUCACUCUGGCAGGUCGUGCGCUCUUCCCACACGUCCUGUGCAAAAACUGUUCCAUCUCCCUUAACCUGGACUCUCAGGAUGUGCCAUGGUAUCCUAGUCCUCCUGGGUACUGCUCUUUAGCUGUGCUUUCACCUGCAAAUCGGAUUCAAGCUGCGCUUCCUCCAUUACACAGGAAAGACUGCGAGGUGCUGCUGAUGGUGGGCAUGCCCGGUUCGGGAAAGAGCCAUUGGGCUGAAAGCCACAUGGCCAAGAACCCAGAAAAGCAUUAUAAUGUGCUAAGCACAAACACCAUCCUUCACUGCAUGAGGCUGCCAAACCCAGAACACAAGGAUUUAAUGCUGCAGCAGGCCACACAGUGUCUCACACACCUCAUCAAAAUAGCAGCAACCAAGAGGAGGAACUUCAUCCUGGACCAGGCGAACAUUUACCCGUCUGCUCAGAGGCACAAGCUGCUGAGUUUUUCCGGUUAUCAGAGGAAGGCGGUGGUGCUCGUCCCCUCGGAUGAGGAGUGGAAAAGACGUCUGCAGCAGAAAGAGCAGAACGAGGGUGCAGUGCUGCUUGAAAUAUCACUGCUAAAAAGCAAAGCGAGCUUCACCCUCCCAGAGAAAGGUGAUCUCCUAGAGGACAUCCUGUUUGCCGAGCUCUGCUGUGAAGAUGCAGAGAAACUCCUCACAAGCUAUAAAGAGGAAGCCACACGUCUCCUACCUACACCCCCUAAACGCAAGCCGCACAAAAAGCGCCCCCAUAAACGUCACAUCCAAGCACACGGAAUGACCCAAAUUCGCAGUCAGUAUGCGCAGCAGUCACAGUGGGGAUGCCAUAAACAAAAUGGAUGGAACUUUUCUGCUUUUGCUCAACCUUACGGCUGUAACAGUGAUCCACAGCGGUACAGAGAUUACUAUCAGCCCUGCACCGAACAGUGGAACCUGAGUAACCAAAAUCAGAGUUACUAUGGCAGCCAAAGCUAUUAUUUUGGCAACCAAGCUUUUUGGUGAAUCAGAACAGCAACCCAAUUAGAUCUCUUUUAUUCAGUUGGCAUUGGACUUUAUCUUGGAAAACUACAUUCCAAGUUGUUUUCCUCAGAGAACUGAAGCAGCAGGAAUGCUCUAAUGCUGACAUUUUAAAUUUUAAUCCUUUGUGCAUUCUGUACAAAGAAAUGACCAGAUUCUGGUUUUACUACAGUAUUCUCAAAAAGCUUUUCCUUUUUAAUCAAAGUUCUCUUUUUAUAUUGUCUGAACACUGAAGACAUAAUAUUUAAAAGAAAUAAAAAAUAUUUGCACAAA